AUGUUCAAUUUGCUUUUGUCGAAAUUAGAUGUUGAUUCCAUUAAGCUAUUCGAGUUGGAAAAUAAGUCUAAUGGAAUUCCUUCAUUUAAAAAAUUAGUAGCGUUCAUCGAAACCCAAUACAUCGCGUAUGAUAAUUUAGACAGUAGUAUAGGUGAGGGAAAGAAGUCAUCGCGGGCCCCAAAUAGCACGGAGCCAAGGGCCAACUCCAAACACCAGGCUGGUGAUUCAAGGCACAAUCGUAGUAGCUCGUCGUUCGUGACAAAUUCGUCUUCAGUAUGUUGCGCUCUAUGCAAACAAAGCCAUUAUCUCAACCAGUGUUCGUUGUUCUUGAAAAAAUCGCCAAAAGAGAGAUAUCAGUUUUGUAAAGAGUCUUCUUCCUGUAUUAAGUGUCUUAAUCAGGCUAACCAUUCAGUCAAGUCGUGUCCUAAAUCCUUCAAAUGUAGCAAAUGUAGUAGUCAUCUCCAUAAUAGUUUGUUACACUUCGAGAGAAACCGUUCCAAUAGUCAGUCGUCCUCAGAAAAUAAUAGUCCAGGGACAUCGGGAAUCGAAUCGUCUCCUGAAGUAUCCCAUUGUGCCGCUAGUUUUGUAGGAAAUAAAAAUGAAACCAAAAAGGAAAUCUUGCUCGGUACUGUUUUGGUUCAUGCAAUUGACAGUAAAGGGUGCAAACAACCCUUGAGAUGUCUUAUUGAUUCGGAUUCGAUGAGUUCGUUCAUUAGUCGAAAGGCUGCCAAUGGAUUGGGAUGGCCUAAAACUCCUUGCUCGUUCGAAGUUAACGGACUCAAUUCGAUGCAAACGAAACUGAAUCAGGGGCAAAUAAGUUUCUCUAUCCAACCUCGUCAUCAGCAGUCACCGGUGUUUCAUUUGGAGGCUAUUAUUACAGAUCGGGUUUGUUCGGAUUUGCCCAGCACCCAAAUAGAUAUUUCUGCUUGUACCCAAAUAGAUAUUAAAAAUUUGAAGUUAGCUGAUCCCAAAUUUAAUUGUAGUCAAUCGGUCGAUUUGUUAAUUGGUUGUAGUAUAUUUUCGAAGGUGUGGUUAGAGGGUAAAAUUGAAGGUAAACCGGGACAACCUGAUGCCCUAAAUACCGUUUUUGGAUAUAUUUUGUUGGGCCCAACUAGCACACCUAACCUUUCGUCAACUUGUUUUUCUUCUUCGUCGCUUGUUUGUCUUUCAAAUGUGGAAGACUCGUUAGAUUCUUCGUUAAGGAAAUUUUGGGAACUGGAGAACAUACCGGAAGAGCCAGUUUCAGACCCGGAAGACGUUCUGUGCGAAACCAUUUAUCGGGAAACACGUAGUCGGAACGUCUCGGGAAAAUAUGUUGUGUCUUUGCCUUUUCGUGAAUCGCCGCCUUGUUUAAAAGAUAGCUAUGAUGUUGCUUUAAACAGAUUUAUUUCGUUGGAACGUCGCUUGUUUCGUCAGCCGGGUUUGCAAAAGGAUUAUUCGUCCCAUAUGCAGAAGUAUAUUGAUUUAGGUCAUAUGCAAUUGGUUCCUGAGGGCGAAAAGACAAAGGGAAAGUAUUAUAUCCCACACCAUUGUGUUGUUAAAUCGGAAAGUGUCUCUACUAAAAUUCGAGUGGUAUAUAAUGCGUCUCAGAAAAGUCCCAGGCUUGGUAAAUCGUUGAAUUAUUAUUUAUUAGUCGGUCCUAAGCUACAACAGGACAUCGUCUCGCUUUUGUUAAAUUUUAGACUUAAUCGUUUUGCGUUGUGUUCAGAUAUUCGUCAGAUGUAUCGUAAUAUUUUAGUAGUUCCUGAGCAUACGGAUUAUCAACGUGUGUUAUGGAGAUUUUCUAGCUUUGAGGAGAUUCAGGAAUAUCGUUUGUUAACUGUCACUUUUGGAGUUGUAUCCUCGCCGUAUCUCGCUCUAAGAACCCUUCAACAACUAGUGUUGGACGAAGGCUCUCCUUUUCCUAAAGCCGCCUCGCUCGUUUGUAAUGCUUCGUAUAUUGAUGAUUUUGUUUUCGGUGCUUCGACGCUCGAAGAAGCACAAAGUUUAGUCGAAGAAUUAGUCGCUUUGUUGAAGUUAGGAGGCUUUGAGUUACGGAAAUGGUGUUCGAACGAACCCAAAUUGUUGUCGCAAUUUCCGGAAUCGCAUAUUAAUCCUCAUUCUAUUAAUUUUGAUCCAGAAUCAAAUGGUCCUUCUUUAAAAAUCCUUGGUUUGAAGUGGAUUGCACAGUCCGAUGUCUUUCAAUUUGCAGUCAAAUUGCAGGAUGUCCCUUGUACUAAAAGAUCGUUUUUGUCCGAAUUAGCUCGAAUUUAUGACCCGUGUGGUUAUCUAACACCUAUUACCUUUUUCAUCAAACAUUUAAUCCAACGACUUUGGGCAACUGGUCUUGAAUGGGAUGAUCGUCCUCCCUCAGAAAUUAUUCGUGUGUGGGAGCAAUAUAAAAAGGUUCCUCCAUCAUUGCGGGAAAAUUCCCCUUCGGAAGAGGUAAAGAAAAGUUUAGUGUUUGUUUCCACUCGUGAGGAACAUUUUUUGUCUUGUUUGUUAGAAAACCAAUCGUCUUUUACCUCUAUCCAAAGAAUUUUGGCCUUUAUGUUGCGAUUCGCGCACAACUCUCGUUUGAAAAGGUCAAGACGUGUAGGACCCUUGAGUUCAGUAGAAUUGGAAAGCUCGUUAAUUAUUCUUGUUAGGUUUACACAGGAACAGUAUUUUGAAGACCAGCUUCAGUCGAACUCGUUUCCAAAACCAUUUCGCAAAUUAGGAGUAUUUUUAGAUGAUGAUACUCAGUGUUUAAGAGUAGGUGGUCGUCUAUCGCAGUCUUCCUUGUCGUAUGAGGCAAAACACCCCUUUUUGUUACCAAAGAAAUCUCGUCUUACGACUCUCCUAGUUCGUCAUUAUCAUGAAAAGUACUUACAUGCUGGAUUUAAGAGUACUCAAUUUUUGAUAAAUGGUUGCAACAAAUUCAUCAUCUUCUUCGGUGAUCCCUUGCUCUAUAUGCAGCUUCUUUAG